AUGCCGCCGCACCGGCACCUCCUCCGCCUCCUCCUGGUGGCCGUGUCGCUCGCCGUCUCCGGCCUCGACUCCACUUCCGCCGCCACCGCUGCCGUCGGAGACGACGCGUACGACGCCAGCAUGUGCCAGAAGCCCUUCCGCUGCGGCGGCCACGACAUCCACUACCCGUUCUACCUCUCCAACCAGUCCCGGCUGAUCGACGGCGUCGCCUACUCCCGGUUCUUCUGCGGCUACCCGGGCAUGGCCAUCCUCUGCGACGCCGCCACCAACACCGCCACGCUCCGCCUCGCCGGGGGCACCAACUACACCGUGCUCGCCAUCGACUACGCCAACAACACCAUCACCCUCGCCGACGCCGACGCGCUGGCAUCCAACAACUCCUGCCCGAGGCCCCGCCACAACGUCUCCAUCCCGGCCGCGGCGUGGCUCAAUUUCACGGCCACCGGCAACAGCACCAUCUCCUUCUUCCUCGACUGCGCCUUCACCGCCGCCGACCCUCCGCCGCCGGGCAUCGUCCCGAUCAACUGCACCGGCUUCGCGCAGGGGCGAUCGCCGUCGUUCCUGGCGCCGCACCUCGGCGCGCCGGAGGGGAACUGGUCCCGCGCGUGCCGGGAGGUGUACGUGGCGCCCGUGCUGACGGAGUGGCUCGAGAGCGCCGAGUACCGCCCGCGGCUCGGGAGCGGCGGGUACGGCGACGUGCUGCGGCGCGGGUUCCGGCUCAGCUGGGACCCCAGCGCCGGGCCCUGCUACGAGUGCGAGCUGUCCAAGGGCCAGUGCGGGUACGACCAGGUCGGCGGCUUCCUCGGCUGCCUCUGCCCCGACGGCCGCGUGCGAGGCCCGGACUGCGGAUCGAAGAAACAGAACAAAAAGGCAAUGACAUAUGGAACCUCCGUAGCUGCUGUAGUCAUGUUCUUGCUUCUCCUCGUGGUGUCAUUCAUGUACAUCCGGAAGAGAAAACAAUACAAGAUGACCUCCUCCUCUAGGCUCCUCACGUACACCAUGUCCGGCGGGACGCCGCGCUCUAGGGGCAGCACCGACAUGGAGUCCGGCAGCGUCCACAAGCUGCAGACGCACCAUUUCUCGUACGAGGAGCUGGAGGAGGCCACCGGUGGUUUCAGCGAGACCGGAGAGCUCGGCGACGGCGGCUUCGGCACGGUGUACAAAGGGCAACUCCGGGACGGGCGGGUGGUGGCGGUGAAGCGGCUGUACAACAACAGUUUUCGUCAGGUGGAGCAGUUCGUGAACGAGGCGUCGAUCCUGUCGCUGCUCCGCCACCCGAACCUCGUCACGUUCUACGGCUGCACGUCCAGCCGCAGCCGGGAGCUCGUGCUGGUGUACGAGUACGUGCCCAACGGCACCGUCGCCGACCACCUGCACGGCCACCGUGCGGCGGAGCGCGCGCUGUCGUGGCAGCUCCGCCUCAACAUCGCCGUCGAGGCAGCCACGGCGCUGGCUUACCUCCAUGCCAUCGAGCCCCCGGUGGUGCACCGCGACGUGAAGACCAACAACAUCCUCCUCGACGCCGACUUCCACGUGAAGGUCGCCGACUUCGGCCUCUCCCGGCUCUUGCCGCUCGACGGCGCCACGCACGUGUCCACGGCGCCGCAGGGCACGCCAGGGUACGUGGACCCGGAGUACCACCAGUGCUACCAGCUCACCGACAAGAGCGACGUGUACAGCUUCGGCGUCGUCCUCGCGGAGCUCAUAUCGUCCAAGCCCGCUGUGGACGUGAGCCGAGACCGUGACGAGAUCAACCUGGCCGGCAUGGCCGUGGGAAGGAUCCAGAGAUCCCAGUUGGACCAGCUGGUGGACAUGGAGCUCGGGUAUGGCUCCGACGAGGCAACUAGGUUGGCAAUGACGAUGGUGGCCGAGCUUGUAUUCAGGUGCCUGCAGCAGAACGGCGAGAUGCGACCACCGAUCAGAGAGGUGCUCGAUGUCCUCAAAGGCAUACAGGAGGAAGGGGCAAAGGGGGAUACAGACGGGAAGACGAAGAAAGAUGGCGUCCCCGCCGUGCCAUGCUCCCCUAAUACCGUGCAUGCUCCUUGGGAUAGUUUAAGUACCACACCGAGCAUUAGCCAGUAG